AUGCAUCCAGUUUAUCCUACCCUACCAACGGAAAUGCAAGCUGGAUCCUAUUCGGGACCACCAGGAUCAAGAAACGAAAGACGAGACAGUCCCGUUCAAAACGGGACUUGUGGUCAUGUUGCAUAUACACCAUUCCGUUUAAUUUCGCUACAAACCAUCAAAACAAUGGCAUCAUCUUCAUUGGCGGAUGUGCCUACAGUAGAUAUAGAUCCAUCUGGGGUAUUUAAAUAUAUGCUGAUUAAAUUAUAUGAUAGAAAACAAAGUGAAGAAAACUUUGUAUACAUUGUUCGCGGUUACUGCAGAUGCAUUUACCAUUCAGACGUAUAUGUGGAGGUACAAGAAAAACUGCAUCCAUUAGAUUGUGACAUAGUGGGUGGGGGUAGUAUAUCACAUGAACCGAGUUCAAAGAAGAUUCGCAUCUAUGGUCAUGCACACGGCUAUGGCAAAGCAGACCAUGAAAUAACAGCCAAACUUAUCAAAGCUGCAUUCCCUAACUAUAAAAUCACAAUUAGUGAUAAAGCAUAUUAA